CUUAGGCUAUGAAAACAGAAGACACAAUGACUUGACUGCUGCUGUCAUCAACUUCAUCUGCGAGGGGUUGUACCCUGUAUCUGUAGUUGAAGAACCGACUUUCAAGACCUUAAUGAGUACCGUUGAUCCUGGGUACUCUCCACCAAGCAAGACUGACCUGGUAGUUAAAAUGCUUCCUCAGAUGUAUUGCUGUGCCCGGGACAUGGUCUUUAGUGAGCUUGCUAGUGUCGUGAAUUGUGGUGUUACUACAGACCUUUGGCAAAGCCAAACCCAGAAUAGAACGUACAUUUCACUCUCUAUGCAUUCAGUUAAUUACAACAGUACUACUGGCUUCUCUAUGACCAACAAGUGCCUUAAAACCUUUGACGUACAAGAGGACAACACAGCUGAGAACAUCACCAGAGCGAUGUAUGAAACUUUUGUUGAGUGGGGAAUAACCCACAAAGUCACCACAAAUGGUUCAGUGGACAUUGUCAAAGCAUGCUCACUCCUGGAACUAUCAGUGGAAAUGCCUUGCCUUGGACAUACCAUCAACCGUGCAAUGGACGAAGCUUUCCAGCUGCCACGAGUUGACUGUUUUUUGGUAUGUUGCCGCAAACUUGUGGAUCAUUUCAGAGAACCGUCAAUGUAUCUGCUGAGGGAGAAACAGAAGCAUGGCCUCGUUCAAUGUGUACUCAUUACAGACAGGGGUAGGUCUUGGUUGGCAACAUUGGCAAUGUUGCAAAGACUGAAAGAGCAACAGGUUGCUAUAACUGCAACACUUACAGAGAGUUCCAGCAGCCACCAUUUUGACUUUGGUGGUGCUGACUGGGCCUUGUUGGAGGGCUUGACUGAAAUCCUCCAGCCUUUUAAAGUUGUGGCAAACAUGAUAACUUCUUGCAGGUACCCAACAAUUAGCAUGGUUAGGCCUGUGCUUCAUAUGCUGUUGAACACCACCCUCAAGGUCAAGGAAGGGGACCUCAAAGAGAUCAGCAUGACCAAAGAGGUCACCUCAAAGGUCCUAUCAAGCACCUAUUCACAGAAUUCACAACUAUCGCAAGAAAUUUCAAUAUUCCUCAACAUUGCUACCUUCCUGGAUCCUCGGUACAAGAAGUUGCCUUUCCUGUCCACCCAAGAACGCACCAAAGUUGAGAAUAACAUAAUUGAAGAGGCAAAUGCAGUCCUUGAGAAGCAGAUUGCAGA